CGGUCACCAACUCUUCUCGUGCGCCGAUCGAGAGAGCUUGGCGUCGCAUCCAUCCAUCCAUGGCGAUCCUGGCCUGCCUCCUCACCGUCGUCCCCACGAUCCUCGGACUCGCCAUCCGGCGGCUCCGGAUCCUCCUGCGCUUCCCUUCUCCCCAUGCCGCGGCGGGGUUCUUCCACCCGUACACCAACGACGGCGGCGGCGGGGAGCGCGUGCUCUGGUGCGCCGUCCGCGCCGUCCAGGACCUCUGCCCCGGCCUCCCCUGCGCCGUAUUCACCGGAGACGCCGACGCGUCGCCCGACGGCCUCGCCGCCCGCGCGCUCGACCGGUUCGGCGUCCGUCUCCUCCGCCCGCCGCAGGUUGUCCACUUGAACAAGAGAAAAUGGAUCGAAGCAAGCACGUAUCCCCACUUCACGAUGAUAGGGCAAAGUCUUGGCUCAGUAUAUCUUGCAUGGGAGGCUCUUAAUAAGUUCGCCCCACAAUUUUACUUCGAUACAAGUGGCUAUGCUUUUACAUAUCCAUUGGCUCGGCUAUUUGGUUGCGAGGUCAUCUGCUACACUCACUAUCCCACUAUCAGUUCUGAUAUGGUUGAACGUGUUAAGCAGCGCAAUUCCAUGUACAAUAACAACUCUCGGAUCUCUGGAAGCAUUUGGUUGUCUAGGUGCAAAAUACUCUACUAUACCAUAUUCAGUUGGUUAUAUGGUUUAGUUGGUUCCUGUGCACAUCUUGUGAUGGUGAAUUCCUCAUGGACAAGAUCCCAUAUUGUAAACAUAUGGAAGAUUCCUGAGUGUACAAAGAGGGUAUACCCUCCAUGUGACACUUCUGCCCUGCAGCAGAUGCUUCCCCUGGAACGAUCAACGAUGCCUCCUAUUCUUAUAUCAGUUGCACAGUUCCGCCCGGAAAAGGCCCAUGGUCUUCAGUUGGAGGCAUUUGCACUUGCUCUUCAAAGGCUAGAUCCGGACUCCAUUAAGCCAAAGCUUCAAUUUGUUGGUAGUUGCCGGAAUAAGGAGGAUCUUGAAAGAUUACAAAAGCUUGAGGACAGAUCCGUGGAGCUUCGCAUAGAUGAGCUUGUGGAGUUCCACAAGGAUAUCUCUUACAGGGACUUGGUACAGCUUCUAGGUGGCGCCAUUGCUGGACUCCAUUCAAUGACAGAUGAGCAUUUUGGAAUAAGUGUUGUUGAGUACAUGGCAGCUGGUGCUAUUCCAAUUGCCCAUAAGUCUGCAGGACCAAUGAUGGAUAUUGUGCUAGAGGAGGACGGCCAUCAGACAGGAUUUCUUGCCUCCGAUAAGGAAGAAUUCACCGAGGCAAUCCUCAAGGUUUUGAGGAUGCCAGAGACAGGUAGGCAAGAAAUGGCGGCAGCAGCACGAAAGCGCGCACAAAGGUUUUCAGAGAAGAGGUUUCAUGAAGAUUUCACCGACGCGGUUCGCCCAAUUCUAUCAGCAACUGAAGGUCGACACGUACAGAUGUCUCCUCUGAUAGAGUAAUAGUCUGGAAAUACUGACAAGUUCCACAUGUAGUGAUUCUUAGCUUUUCUAGAUUAUCACUAAUGAUUGUGUUAUGUGCACCAUAUAUAUAGAGGAACAGAUGAAUGAUGUGAAACAGCGCUGACUAUUUUGGGUGCUGUACCAUUUUUUCUUCCUUUUUCUUAUGAUCAAA